CCAAAACGCCAUGUUUCUUAGGGUGUGCCCCCACUGACAUCAAAGAAGGCAUGAUUCAAUUGGUUAAAUGGUUGUCUGAACUUCUCUUGCUUGGUUUCUCCAAAUAUAGCCCUUUCACUUAUGGAUUUUCUAGCAUGUCCAUAAUUCAUUCCUUCACUUAUUGCGUGUUCACAAUGUCAUCUCUCUCUUCUUUUUUCUUCAUCUUGUAUGGCAUUGUACCUCAACUAUGCCUCCUCAAAGGAAUCCCUGUCUUUCCAAAGGUGACAGACCCUUGGUUUGCGGUGUUUGCAUUUGUGUAUGUAUCCAGUCAGGUUCAACAUUUGGUCGAGGUUCUUUCCGGGGAAGGGACUAUAUAUAUUUGGUGGGAUGAACAAAGAAUUUGGAUUGUGAAAUCACUCACAAGCAUAUUUGCAGUAUUAGAAGCAAUUAAGAAGCGGUUGGGGUUGAAUAAGAUGAAAUUCGCCUUGUCAAACAAAGCUAUCGACGAAGAGAAGAUGAAGAAGUACGAGGAAGGUAGGUUCAAUUUCCAGGGUGCAGCUGUGUUCAUGGCUCCAAUGGUUCUGUUCCUCAUUAUCAACAUUGUUGCCUUCUUUGGUGGGAUAUGGAGAGUAUUGAAUGAAAAGGAUUUUCAAGAAAUGUUUGGUCAACUUUUCCUAGUCACCUAUUUAAUGGCUCUAAGUUAUCCCAUCCUUCAGGCCAUAGUAACCAUGAAAAGCAAGAGUGGUUAGUGAAAUUUUGUCAUAAAUAAUAAGCUCAUUCAAGACUAUGUUGCACUUGUAUCUUAGAAUCAAAUUUCUUAAUAAUAUAUAGGUUUAAUAUCUUUAGUUGUCUCUAUUUACGUGGGUUUUUUCCAGUUCGAGUCCCAUCUUAUUAGAAUUUUCAUUUGAAUCUUUAAAAGUACUAAUUUGAAUCAAUUGAGUUCCUGCCGUUAAAUUAAUUUAAUAGAGUUAAAUUUUUUAUAAACUCAAACGUUGAAACCUCCAACUCCUUUGGUGUAAAGAAGCCAUCCUUCGCAAUUCCUUUGGUGUAAAGAAGCCUCCAACUCCUUCCUCUUCCUUCGUCUCGUACAUGAAAACCUCGCGCACAUCGUCCUUCAGCAACGACGUUCCCAUCUCGGACUACAAGUGUUUCACCAGGCCCUUC